CCGGGGGCGGGGCUUCCGGCGCGGUGGCGCAGGCGCUGCGUGCGGGGCGGGCGUCAUGGAGUCGGCCUAGGUGCGGCCGUUGGCUCCCUGCGCCGCUCGCGCCAGGCCCGCGCUCAGCGCCGCCGCCGCCGGUCCCGGCCGCGCCCGCCCGCCGGUCUGAACACUGAAGUUGCCUUGCGUGCUUCAGUUUUCAGUUCUGUGCAUAGGUUUUGGAUGGAGAUUCAGGUAUUAAAUAUGCUGUUGUCAAUAGGAAUGCUGAUGUUGUCUGCCACUCAGAUAUACACUAUUUUGACAGUUCAGUUGUUUGCUUUCCUGAAUCUCUUACCGGUGGAGGCAGAUAUUUUAGCAUAUAACUUUGAAAAUGGAACCCAGACCUUUGAUGAUCUACCUGCUAGGUUUGGCUACAGACUGCCAGCAGAAGGCCUAAAGGGAUUUCUAAUAAAUUCAAAGCCGGAGAAUGCGUGUGAGCCUAUAGCCCCACCUCCACUGAAAGACAACUCGUCCAGUGCUUUUAUUGUGUUAAUUCGAAGGCUUGAGUGCAACUUUGAUAUGAAGGUUUUAAAUGCACAGAGAGCUGGGUACAAGGCGGCGAUAGUUCACAAUGUUGAUUCUGAUGACCUCAUAAGCAUGGGAUCCAACGACAUUGAGGUUUUGAAGAUGAUUGACAUUCCUUCUGUCUUUAUUGGUGAGACAUCAGCGAAUUCUCUUAAAGAGGAAUUUACUUAUGAAAAGGGUGGCCAUGUUGUGUUAAUCCCAGAGUUCAGUCUUCCUUUGGAGUAUUACUUAAUCCCUUUCCUAAUAAUAGUAGGGAUCUGCCUUAUUCUCAUCGUGAUAUUUAUGAUCACAAAAUUUGUGCAAGACAGACACAGGGCCAGAAGGAAUCGGCUUAGGAAAGAUCAGCUUAAGAAACUUCCUGUACAUAAAUUUAAGAAAGGAGAUGAGUACGAUGUAUGUGCCAUUUGUCUGGAUGAAUAUGAGGAUGGAGACAAGCUCAGAAUCCUUCCAUGUUCUCAUGCGUAUCACUGCAAGUGCGUGGACCCAUGGCUGACAAAAACCAAAAAAACAUGUCCUGUAUGUAAGCAGAAAGUGGUCCCUUCUCAGGGGGACUCAGAUUCUGAAACAGACAGUAGUCAAGAGGAGAAUGAAGUAUCCGAAAAUACUCCUUUGCUUAGGCCGUUAGCCUCAGUUAGUACUCAGUCAUUUGGGGCUUUGUCAGAAUCUCAUUCCCAUCAAAACAUGACCGAGUCCUCGGAAUAUGAGGAAGAUGACAAUGACAAUAUUGAUAGUAGUGAUGCAGAAAAUGGAAUAAAUGAAGAAAGUGUAGUGGUUCAACUGCAGCCCAAUGAUGAAAGGGAGUACAGAGUGGCAAAUACUGUUUAAGACUACUAAUGAUGAAAAAUGUGUGAACAAGAGUUCUUAUGGCUAUAUUUUACAAACAUUUACAUAGGGAAUAUAUUUUAUUUUGUAAUCCAUUUGGUUACUUCAGUAGGAGCAGCAGCUCAUGUAGUAGUACUAUGGUUUAAUCAUACUACAGAUAGAUUUAUUUUUGAUUCAGGUAUUCAGUCACACAUUCUGUCUUCUCAAAAUGAACAGUUUAACUGGAUUUCACAAGGCUAAUGAAUAAUGUUAAUAGUUUACAUCAACAGAAAUGUCACACAGACUCUACUUUAAAUGUCAGUGUCUUGUUGAAAUGGGAUUUAGCUGGAAAUAGUUUUUUUUUUUCCCCCAUAUUACAUUUUGUAGGUACAACUGGGUCAUACUGAUAGCAAUAUUUAUUACGUGUAUGGUGUUACCACUUACGCCCAACAAAAAACGUAUUUGAUGCAUGUUUGUAUAGGAUUUUCCUAAAAACUGCCCCCACUUCUGAAAGAAAAAUGUAGAACAGAUCAGUGUUCUACAUGCUGGUGUAUCAAAACAAAGCAGAAGAGCUGACACUUAUCUCAAAGCAGUGAUUCCAAAUAUUCUUUUGGCAUUUGCAACAGCAGCUGAGUUUAAGCAGUUCUUUUGAGCAGUUCUUUUGAGCAGUUCCUAGGAUAAGGAAACUUAUAAUCUAUGUUUAGUUUUAAGUGAUUCAAAGAGUAAGAUCCAUCGUUAACACAUCAAUUGGCCCUAUUUGCUACUACCAUGUAGUCUUAGUUUCCUGUGAUUAUGUUGGAAAUGUGGAGUGACCAAAACAGAAAAAGCAAGUGAAGUUCCACAUAGAGAGAGAGAGAGAGAGAGAGAGAGAGGAAAAAAGAAAGAAAGGAAAAAAAAAAAAAAAAGGAAUUUUAGGUAAGUAUUCUAUUGGUCCUCAAGUCAUAUACCUCUUACUAAAGAGCAUUUUAUGCUGCAUUAGUCUGCUAAACUAUGUAUAUAGAACAAUUGUUCUUUUCAAAUAUCUGAUUUGAAAACAAGUGCUUACAACUGUUUAACAGAACUCAAUACUUAACAGUGUAUCAUGAAAAAAGUAAAUUAUAUGUAAUACCUCUGUAACUAUGUAGAAAGUAACAACACGUGUAUAAUCAAAAUGCAGAGUUUUUUUAUAUGGCCUUGAAUAAGGAAAGCUUGAAAGAAUGUUAAUAAACAUGUUUUCCACUUUAA